ACACACAUCCACGCGGCCGCGGGGACAGCACGACCCACCGCACGCACGCACACGCGCGCGUCCCCGGCGACGUCACCGGAGGGAGACGGCGACGAGCUUCGCUCCCCGCGACCUUCUCGCCGGAGCUCCCUAGGCGCCCGCCGCCAUGGCUCGCCGGUCCUCGUCCUCCUCCUCGUCGGGGGCGUGGCGCUACCUCAACCCCGCCUACUACCUCAAGCGGCCCAAGCGCCUCGCGCUCCUCUUCUUCGUCUUCGUCGCCGCCACCUUCGCCUUCUGGGACCGCCAAUCGCUCGUCAGCGAGUACGAGUGCCCUUCUUGUGUGAGAGUGAAUGAAGAUAUAUUAUUCAGUCAAGAAAUUUUGGUAACGGCUUAUGUAUUUGACGUCAUCACAGAUGGCAAGUCUGAGAUUUCCCAAUUAAAAAAUGAAAUAAACCAGUUGCAUGGUCAGUUAAGGAAGGCUGGUAUUCAACUGGAAGAAAAUCCAGCAAUUGGAAUUCCCAGAAAAGAUCUUGUAGAGAUUGAUCCUAUUAAUAAUGAAAGGAGGGAAAAGGUCAAGGAGGCUAUGCUCCAUGCCUGGAAUUCCUAUGUAAAGUAUGCAUGGGGAAUGGAUGAGCUUCAGCCGCAAUCAAAGAAUGGUGUUAAUAGCUUUGGUGGUCUCGGGGCAACCCUUGUGGACUCGCUAGAUACACUGUAUAUAAUGGGCCUAAGAGAUGAGUUUCAGAAAGCCAGAGACUGGGUGGCAGAGUCAUUAAGCUUUGACAAGGAUUAUGACGCAAGCGUUUUUGAAACGACCAUAAGGGUUGUUGGAGGUCUCCUCAGUGCAUAUGAUAUGUCCGGUGACAAAGUAUUUCUCGAAAAGGCGAAGGAUAUUGCUGAUCGAUUGUUACCUGCCUGGGAUACAACAUCUGGUAUCCCUUAUAAUUCAAUCAACUUAGCUCAUGGCCGAGCUCAUAAUUUUGGAUGGACCAACGGUGAUAGUAUCCUUGCGGAUUCUGGAACGGAGCAACUUGAAUUUAUAGCUUUGUCCCAGAGAACCGGAGAUCCUAAGUAUCAACUAAAGGCAGAAAAUGUCAUUCGACAGCUUCAGAAGAUAUAUCCAAGUGACGGCUUACUUCCUAUCUAUAUAAAUCCUCAGUCAGGACAAGCAUCAUACUCAACAAUAACAUUCGGUGCUAUGGGAGAUAGCUUCUACGAGUACUUGCUCAAGGUCUGGAUUCAGGGGAAUAAAACCGAGAGCGUAAAACAUUACAGACAAAUGUGGGAGACAUCAAUGGAAGGUUUAAUAAGCUUGACCAGGCAAACUACACCCUCUAAUUACACAUAUAUCUGCGAGAAAAGUGGUGGCUCGUUGUCUCACAAGAUGGAUGAACUUGCAUGCUUCGCCCCUGGUAUGCUGGCACUUGGAGCCUCUGGUUAUGGGCCUGAAAAAGCUAAACAAAUUAUGAAUCUUGCAGAAGAGCUUGCUCGGACCUGUUAUAACUUCUACCAAACAACUCCCACAAAAUUGGCUGGAGAGAAUUAUUAUUUUCAUGCUGAACAGGAUAUGAAUGUGGGCACGUCAUGGAAUAUCUUGAGACCAGAGACUGUGGAAUCACUUAUGUACCUGUGGCGCCUUACGGGGAAUAAAACAUACCAAGAUUGGGGAUGGGACAUAUUCCAGGCAUUUGAGAAAAACUCCCGCAUAGCAUCUGGAUACGUGGGACUAAGGGAUGUGAAUAGUGGUGAAAAGGACGACAAGAUGCAGAGCUUCUUCCUAGCAGAGACGCUCAAGUACCUCUAUCUGUUGUUCUCCCCUCCGUCAGUCGUAUCUUUCGAUGAGUGGGUCUUCAACACUGAAGCUCACCCUUUGAGAAUCGUUCCGACACAUGGUAGUAACGGUCAGUCAAUUGAAACUGCAACGCCAGUGGUCCGACCAUUCGGUAGGAAGCAAGGGAAACAGGGGUAGGCUUGAACAACAGAUCAGAGGAUUUUUGCAUCCGCCGUGUGAUUGUGACCUGCCUUGUUGAGAAUGUUAUGUUACGAUGGGAAUUUCUUCCUGCAGCGGCAAGGUUGCAAAUCACGGUACUAGGCUAUUUAGGCAACACAAUUGUAGGUAGAGCAUGAUGGAUAAUCUGGGGCAUGCUGAACCUUGAGAGUAUAACCGAAGAUCAGCAGCCCCAUGAAAGUUUUCACCUUCGAACUUGUCUAUGCUCCGUGCAUCAUUGAUUUGCAACACAUAUGUAACUUAGUGUCCAUAUGUUGUUGCUUUCCUGGGGCUCUUCUGGAGUUGUAUCCUUAUUGUUUUGAUUAUAUGAUAUAUAAAAAGGGUUGUGUUUUAUUUCAGUA